GAUCAACUUUUAAUCAAUUAUUGACUACAGUUUGAGGGGUGCUAUGUCCAGACUAAAUGCAGUAUGAUUUAUCCUAUGGGCUAUGCAGCUUGCUCCUGGCACAGGCACCUUGAAUCUCCUCCUCAGGCAGAUUGAGACCAUGCUUGAUUUCCCCAACUUGUAGUAAGAAGAAGGAAAACACAGCACACUGGAGCCAACAGAGUUAAGAACAUUUAUGAGGCAUGGAACCCUCCAUCAGAUUUGGAAGAAAGUAGAGUGAGCGCAGAGGUGACAGACAGCCACUGAGGCCCAUGGACAGUCUUCACUUCAUGCUUCUCUAUCAAACUUUAAGAUUUAUUAGUAAUAUGCUGCCUUUGGAAGAUGAAAAGAAACUAGUGCCAAGGAAGCAUAUUCUUCAAUAUUUGGAAUAGACGUGUUCUCAAGACAAUGGCUUCAAAGGUCUCCUGUUUGUAUGUUUUGACAGUUGUGUGCUGGGCCAGCGCUCUCUGGUACUUGAGUAUAACUCGUCCUACUUCUUCUUACACUGGCUCCAAACCAUUCAGCCACCUAACAGUUGCCAGGAAAAACUUCACCUUUGGCAACAUAAGAACUCGACCUAUUAACCCACAUUCUUUUGAAUUUCUUAUCAACGAGCCCAAUAAAUGUGAGAAAAACGUUCCUUUUCUUGUUAUCCUCAUCAGCACCACUCACAAGGAAUUCGAUGCCCGUCAGGCAAUCAGAGAGACAUGGGGGGAUGAGAACAACUUUAAGGGGAUCAAGAUAGCCACUCUCUUCCUCCUGGGCAAGAAUGCUGAUCCUGUUCUCAAUCAGAUGGUGGAGCAGGAGAGCCAAAUCUUCCAUGAUAUCAUCGUGGAGGACUUCAUUGACUCCUACCAUAACCUUACCCUCAAAACAUUAAUGGGGAUGAGAUGGGUGGCCACUUUUUGUUCAAAAGCCAAGUAUGUCAUGAAAACAGACAGUGACAUUUUUGUAAACAUGGACAAUCUUAUUUAUAAGUUACUGAAACCCUCCACCAAGCCACGAAGAAGGUAUUUUACUGGCUAUGUCAUUAAUGGAGGACCAAUUCGGGACGUCCGCAGUAAGUGGUAUAUGCCCAGGGAUUUGUACCCAGACAGUAACUACCCACCGUUCUGUUCAGGGACUGGCUACAUCUUUUCAGCCGAUGUGGCUGAACUCAUUUACAAGACCUCACUCCACACAAGGCUGCUUCACCUUGAAGAUGUAUAUGUGGGACUGUGUCUUCGAAAGCUGGGCAUACAUCCUUUCCAGAACAGUGGCUUCAAUCACUGGAAAAUGGCCUACAGUUUGUGUAGGUAUCGCCGAGUUAUCACAGUGCAUCAGAUCUCUCCAGAAGAAAUGCACAGAAUCUGGAAUGAUAUGUCAAGCAAGAAACAUCUCAGAUGUUAGAAUUUUUACCAGUGUAAAUAUGUUUCUUUUCUUUUUUUAAGAAAUGGGACCUAAGGCGUUGGUAUUUUCCAGGUGUCGGGGGAAAUGAACUGGUGAAGGGGUUUUAUAAAGUUUUUGCUUCCUGCUAUAAGUUCCUUUCUUGGAUUACCAAUUUAUAAACGUUAGACUCUGGUCAUAGAAACAAUAAAUGAGUUAGAAGGGCCAGAUUUCAUUCUCAGUCCCAGAGCGUUGCUAUUUAUCUCAAAAAGUGACUUCCAAACGACUCCUAGGAUUGACGUACUGUGCAUCUGAGAUAAAAAUUUGGUUCUGGGAAACUGAAACUCACAGUAAUGUGUCAUAUCAUCUCUGCAAAAAUUAAUACAUAAAUAGAAACCAUUUUCAAAAGCAAUUCAGAAAGGAUGCACAGUCAGGAAGACACACUGGAUGUGAUUAUUAAUAUUGUGUGUAUUGUUACAUUAUAUUUUUACAUAUUUUGCCAUGUAAUGUGUACAGUAUUUGCAGUUCCACCAAGAUAUGAACUUGGUACCUGCAGGGAGGCUGCAGUUAAAUAGAUGGGAGUUUAGAUUUGAGAAUCAAACAUUCUAAGUGUUUGGAAGACAACUCUGCUUGUACCUCCAAGGAUUAAAUCUGGUCAGCAGGUGGAAUGUGUAUAAAAUGCUACUUAACAAAGUAAACAAAAGAUUUUUUUCUUUUUUUUCUUUCUUUUUUGUUUUGCUGUUUCAGAACAAACAUUAAGUGGUGCCUCCAAGGAAACUUUGCCAAAUGUCAUCUCACCUGCUUCCUUCCAGACAGUGUUGCUAAGUGCAUUUCACAGUUUCUGGAUCUGGCAGGUAUAUCUGUCUCUAUGUAGACAAUAAGUUGGUUGGAGGCCGGAGAACAAUAAAUCACACUGAGAAAAUAGAAAUUUAAAUAUGCAUUAUAAUAUAACAUAUGCUUAGCAAUAGUGUAAGAUGCCCCCCAACACAUUUGCAAAGCACGUGAGAAAAAUCUUUAAGGGUGUCAAUAUUAUUGAAAGACAUGGCCCUACUUGCUAACAUCUGAAAACACCAGAGCAUGUUCAGCAGCAAUGCUGUUAUGAGGUAUUCUGGGGGCUCUGUGAUUUGUGGAAGGAUGGGGAAGGCCGGGUUCGGGUCCCGUUGAUGCCACCAUACUUAUUGGGCCAUAUGAGUAGGCAUCGUAAUCUUGUGCUUCAAUGUGUUCAUUUAUAAAAAUGGCUGUAAAAAACACCUACCUCACAGAUGCUGUGAGAGCAAACUGCAUUUGCUAAGUAUUUUGAGAUCCUUAGCUUAAAAGGUGCUACGUAAUGCAGUGUAUCAUGCAUUAUGCUAAAUGCUAAAAUAAUUGCAUAGUUACAAUGAUGGUCAUCAGUAGCAGUAACAUCAUCUUAAUAUAAAAUCUGCUGAAAUAAAGAUCAGCUGUGAACUAUCAGUGCGCCUAAUUCUGCCAAGGCUUUGACUUUUCCUUGGCUAUAAUUUAAGUGUUUGGGAAAGCUUCCAUUUCUCUGCGAUUUCUUCUGGUUUCAAUGAAUAAGUGACUAGGUGAGUGUGUUGCCUUGAUAUCCCAAGGUGCUGAAAGUAGAGGCAGCUGCCUUUCUUUGGGAAGGAACCUCUGGUUGGGGGUAUAUUACAGUAAAUGAAGCAUAUGCUUUGCAAAAUGCAUCACGACAACUUAGAUCUCAGGAACCACUGAAUCUGAAUUCUCUCUAAGAAAUUUGAGCACAGGUAAAGCUAGUUCACCUCUUUCAGAAGAAGCAGAAUAGGCAGUCAGCAAACCUGCACAUUGCACAUCUUCCACCAUUUAUUAGAAAACACCUCUUUGUUCUCAUUCAAAGAAAGCCCCGCAGCUGAAAGAGUGUACCUUUUUUAUUUAUUUGCUUAUUUUUUAACCUGACCCCUGGAGCCCCCCAUAGGAGCUGAUAGCAAACAGAUAGACACAAUAAACAAGUGGAAGUCAUGGCUUGUUUCUGCAAAACACAAUCUCUCAUCCCCCGCCCUAAAGGACCCAAUAUGAGACAAGACUUCCCAUCCCUUAAUACAUCUUUAUCUUAUGGUCAGCAGGACUAUUGAUUUUGAUUAGACAAUCCAAUUAGGUAACCUGGGAAGAGACAGAUCAGCACAAGGUGAACCACCCUCCAACCCUGCAGCCUCAACUGCUGUGUAAGUUCCAGUCACUGGGAAAGUCUCACUUCAUACUUGGUUCACCUUCAAGUCGUGCAGCUGAAUCAAGCCUCUGUCUCAUACUAUUGCCUUGCAUCUACCCCAUGCUCAAACCACCUCUGGUGUCAAGAAAUUACACAUUAGAAACAUCAUAUAUGUAUACCUAUGAAUCGUUUUAUAUGUGUGUGCAUACAUUAUGAAUAUAGCCCUGAUCUUUAAAAGGAGCAAAAAUCAGAGAAUCUCAUAUGUCUUAAAGAACUAUUUCCUUACUUUUUUAUGCUAGGUAAUGCCCAUGUGACAAACAUGUAAAUAUUCAUCAAAGACCACAUGUAUAUAUUUUAAAAGCAUUUUUUCUUCUCCCCAACUGUAUGUAUAGCUAGAAUCUGCUUGCUGUGUAACAUUUUCUUCU